GUUGGCGCUGACUUUUCCAUACCUGGACGUGGGCUGAUCUCCAGCACUGUGGGCAGCAGGGCAAGGGAGGGGAUUCUCUCCCUCUGCUCUGCUCUGCUGAGACCCCUCCUGCAGUGCUGCCUCCAGCUUGAGGGCCCUCAACAUCAGAAGGAUGUGGAGCUGCUGGAGUGAGUCCACAGGAGGCCAUGGACAUGCUCUGAGUGCCGGAGCAUCUCUGCUAUGGAUUCAGGCUGGGAGAGCUGGGAGUGUUUGGCUUGGAGAAGAGAAGGCUCUGGGGAGACCUUAGAGAACCUUCCAGUGCCUAAAGGGGCUCCAAGAGAGCUGGAGAGGGAGUGCUGUCUUACAUCUAUUGCUGAUUUAUUAGAAAUGCACACUUUUAAAUAGUUUCCAGAUGUCACUUUGUUUCUGCGGGCUUGACAUGCUUUUUUAAUUUGAAUUUUGUGUGUGUGACUUUGGAGGAAGGAAGAGUCCCUGUUUUUGCCAUGAAGGAGACAGUGAUGAGCUCCUCUGGCAGCAUGAAAUCCUUCUGAGAUAGUUUGAAAUACUCAGUUUUAAGGCAGCUGGUGACCCAGGGCUCUCCCGCUCCUGCCGGGAUGGCGACGCCGGACGUCAGCGUCCACAUGGAGGAGGUGGUGGUGGUGACGACGCCGGACGGCGCCGUGGACGGAGGGGGCAUGGAGGAGGUGAAGACAGUGCUGGUCACCACCAACCUGUCCCAGCACGGCGGUGACAUAAACGAAGACACUCUGGAGACUGAAAAUGCAGCUGCUGCAGCUGCUGCUGCUUUCACGGCCUCCACACACCUGAAGGAAGCGGUUCUAGAAGUGAAGAUGGCUGAAGAUGAGGACAGUUUGGAGGCAGAGAUUGUCUACCCCAUCACCUGCGGGGACAGCAAAGCCAACCUCAUCUGGAGGAAGUUUGUGUGCCCCGGGAUCAAUGUGAAGUGUGUGCAGUUCGAUGAUCACCUAAUUAGCCCCAAGGAGUUUGUCCACUUGGCAGGCAAGUCCACCCUGAAGGACUGGAAGCGGGCGAUCCGGAUGAACGGGAUCAUGCUCCGGAAGAUCAUGGACUCAGGAGAGCUGGAUUUCUACCAGCACACGAAGGUGUGUUCCAACACGUGCCGGAGCACCAAAAUCGACCUGACUGGAGCCAGGGUGUCCCUGACCAGCCAGACAUCGACAGAAUACAUCCCUCUGACUCCUGCCACUGCUGAUGUGAACGGAUCCCCAGCUACAAUAACCAUAGAAACAUGUGAGGAUGCCAGUGAUUGGAGCACCAGCAUUGGAGAUGACACCUUUGCUUUUUGGCAAGGUUUGAAGGACACGGGUCUCCUGGAAGAAGUGAUCCACGAGUUCCACCAGGAGUUGGUGGAGACCAUGAAGGGCUUGCAGCAGCGAGCGCAGGAUCCCCCGCUGCAGCUUGGGGAUGCUGUUUUACUCAACAACGUAGUCCAGAACUUUGGUAUGCUGGAUCUGGUCAAGAAGGUCCUGGCCAGCCACAAGUGCCAGAUGGAUCGCUCGAGGGAGCAGUACACACGGGAUUUGGCAGCUCUGGAGCAGCAGUGUGACGAGCACCGCAAGCGAGCGAAGGAGCUGAAGCACAAAUCGCAGCAUCUCAACAACGUCCUGAUGACCCUCACUCCUGUCUCCGUCCCCACACCUCUGAAACGUCCCAGGCUGACCAGGGCCACCUCCGGACCAGCUGCCAUCACCUCCCAGGUCCUGUCCCAGCCGGCACAGCUCGCCGUCACCCCUGGCGUGCCAGUCUCCCAGAUUGCCAACCUCCCUCUCGGCAAAGUGGUCUCGGCCCUCCCGCCCUCAGUGCUGGGGAAGAGCCCGACCCAGCCCCCCGCCGCCAGCUCCCCGGCCUCCCCACUGCUGGGGGGGUACACGGUGCUGGCCUCCGCCGGCUCCACCUUCCCCAGCACGGUGGAGAUCCACCCGGACGCUUCCAACCUGACGGUGCUGAGCACGGCCGCGGUCCAGGACGGCAGCACAGUGGUGAAGGUGGUGAGCCCCUUCCAGCUCCUGACGCUGCCAGGACUCGGCACGACCAUCCAGAAUGUGACACAAAUAGCUCCUGGCGGGAGCACGGUUGUGACUGUCCCAUCUGGUGCCGCCGAGGCUGCCGGGGACGAGCACGCUGCCGCCGCCAUCGAGGUGACCGCAGUGGCCGACGAGGCGGAGCAGAAGUGAGAGGGGGGGACUUGCCUGGAGGGGACGCUGGCUGUGCCACUCUGGGGGGAACUGCCUCUUCUCUGGCUGCACUGUGGGACGAGGAGUGGUGUCACAAGGGGCACGGGCUGACAAGACUCAGAGCGGCUCGUGUUGGGAGUGAGGAGGUUCAGGUCAGAGGAAAGGAAGGGGGAGGAAGGAUGCCCAGAGAAGGGAAAGGCAAAAGUGCUCUGCCCUGUAUGGAGGAGAGAAGAAAAAAAGAGUUUAUUUUUUUAUAAAGCUUUCCUCCCCUGUUCUCUUGGAAUAGUUAUCCUGCUCUGGCUCAUCAACCCUGCCUCAUAGGCAGGCUCAGCCAGAGCAACGUCCAUUGGAGGAGUGGGCAGGAGCAAAAGGAAGAGCAAGUGAAGCUGCCAAGGGGUCUGGCAUAAGGGGAGCUUGCUGCUCCCCAUCCCCAGGGGCUGCAGGGAUGGAGAGGGGAUGCCAAGAGCAGGAAUUCCAUGGAUAUGUACAAUCAUCAACACCAGGAAGGGCUCUGUGGCAGCUUGGGUGCAGGCCCCGGGAGGUUGGGUUCUGUGUGUGACACUGGCAUUUUUGGGUGGCAGAAACAAGUGGGAGCUGUUGUGACAGUGGUCAUGGUGGUUGCCCAGGUCUACUGGGGGAAGGAGUGGGAAGAGAGAAACCCAGAGGGCCGGGAAGAGCUGUGACUUCUGAGGAUUUAGGGUCCUUUUCUAGUUUUCUCAAAAAAAAAAAAAAAUCCAUUCUUUGGGAUUUUUUUUUUAAGCCAACGGCGAUUUUUAAGCAAAGCCCUGGUUGGGAAGCUCAUUCUGCAUGGCAGAGCCGUACUGCUGAACGUGCAGAGCUGAGCCCAGUGGCCACGCUCCAAGGAGCUCACACUUCCUCACAAGGGGGGACCCCGGUGUCCCCGGUCCCCACAUCCUGCCGGGCACCUCAUCCCGCGGGAGCCGGGCGCUGCCGGUCCCUCCCCGCCGGAUCUGAGCAGCUGUUCCGUGGUGGGGUGUUCAACCCCCUUCCCCCCCAGGAUUCCUUCAGCCGCCCUACCUGCUGCGGCUCCCACCAGGUCCCAUCCCAGGGCCCCCAUGUGCCCUGCGGCCGCAGCGACGCUCACGCUGUCUCCGGCUGGAAGGAGUCGGGUGCUUGGAGUGCUGGGGUUUCUCCAAACUUUAUCUGGCAACAGCAGCAGCGACAGGUCACUUUAAUGAGUUAAUAAAUAUUUUUUU